GGAAAGAUGCGUGUUGUCUAUAAUUAAAAACCAACAUUUAACCAACCAAAACUGCUUCACACCGAAUUAUUAUUUGUGGCGACACUGAGUUUUUAUAUAGGCUUUUCUUAAGGCGUAUAGUAAAAAUAGAAAAAGAUAUACAUCUGUAUGUAACAUUGUUGUAAAUAAUAACACUCCGGGUAAAAUCAUAGUCGAUCAUCUAGACGCGUCGUUUGUUUGUGGCUCACACAUGUAAGCUAGCCUGUUAGCACCGCUGUAUUAACAGCUGGCUAGCUCCUUUGAUUCCCUUCAGUGAAUCAUAAGCUCUGUCCGCUUAGGAAAAGCAGAAGGGUGUCGUAUACAGCGUUGCAUUGUUUUUCCUCAUAAGCGGGGGACGCACCUCUUUGUUUUUCAGCAUCCACAUAAAAAUUGUUGAUUAUAGAGCCAUGAAAGUGAACAAACCUACACAGAUUAAGGGCCAUGCUAAAUCUCAGAAGUGGAAGGAUGUGAGGGGGAGACGGGGGAGGCCUCCCGUCAGCUCUUCUGAUCUCAGCUCUACUCCCGUCAUAGCCAGGAUGGUAGAGGAGCACCAGGCGUCUGUAAAGAAAAAGCCCACAGUAAAGAGACUGAAAAAUAAGGCAAAACCUGUGUCUGAUUCCAAGAAAAGCACUCCCCAAUCUGGAUUUAAGAAGUCGUAUACGGAGGCUAAUGGAAGUUCAGCAUUUACAAUGGACAAUGAGUCUGAUGACUUGCAGGACUGGAAGGAGUAUUCCCAGUCCAUUCAUGGGAAUGGUGUGAAGAAAUCAGGAGACAAGGAGGAUGCCUGGCCCACUAGACUGGAAGGAGAGGCUCUCCAUUACUGUGCAGAGAGAGAUGAUCAGCGCAACAGUGCAGUACUUGUCAUGCAGCAGGAUCAGACCCUGUGUUUCUAUGGGAAGUGUUUUUUGACCUGCCUGUAUGGCCGGGUGGAGGUGAUGGGCUUCACCAUUGAAGAAGGCCAGCAGUCCUAUCCUCUGUUUUCCCCAGCCUCACACUGUCCACUGACCAUUAGAGCACUGGAAAGCCCUGAUGACACCAGAGAUGACAGAAUGGAAGCCUCAGCCAUCCUGCGAAAGCAUCUGACUCCAGCAUCACGGAAGAAGUUGCUAAAAAGGAUAAUGUCAAGCUCAUCUGUCAUUUUACUGGAGCCCAUGGAGACGCCUCUGACACGGUUUCUGUCAAGCUUCCCAAAUCUCAGUGAAUUGUUCAGCCCCCCAGUGAGUGAACUGUUGUCGGCUGUUUUUGACACUCCACUCAAUGGCCUGGGGAUGGUCCCGCUGGUCAGCACCGUCGAGGGCCUGAAAACAUCACAGAGCUACAGAGAUGCACUCAGCACAGCGGUCGGUGCCUGCAGAGGAGACAUGGAUGGUUGUGCAGUCAUUCUGGUGUGUGGAGCCAAGAAUGUGGGCAAGUCGACUUUUAUCCGCAUCCUCAUCAACACCUUACUCAAUCACACUGCUUGUGUAGAUUAUUUGGAAGGUGACCUGGGUCAAACUGAAUUCACCCCUCCUGGCUGCCUGUCUUUGUCGACUGUCAGAGAACCACUCCUAGGUCCUCCUUUCACACAUCAGCGCACACCAGAGCACAUGAUUUAUUAUGGUCAGACGUCAUGCGAGUCGGACUUAGAGCGCUACCUGGAAUCCCUGAAGUCCUUGUGGCGUAGACGCUCCAAAAGCAGAGAGACGCCCGUCAUUAUCAACACCAUGGGCUGGGUCAAAGGAUUUGGAUUCCAACUGCUAGUGGACAUGAUCCGCUUCUUCCCGGUCUCACAUGUCGUCCAGCUUUGUCAUAGUGGUACGAUGCAGUGUCCUGCCCUCAGUCCAGAGUUUCUGAGGACGGCACAGGGCUGCCUGACGUACCCACCUGCCCAGACGGCUCUGGAUGAGCUUACAGAGAGCCACAGUCCCCCCAAAGGCUACACUCACCUCAUUGUGCAGUCAGAGUUUCAAGGAGUGGGAUGUCAGGGAACAGCGAAACAUCAGCGCACUAAUGAACAUAGAGAGCUGGCACUGCUGGCCAACUUGAGUCAGCUGCAGUCUCCUGAUCCUGGACCAGUCAGACCUCUACACAGUCUGACCCCAUACCAGGUGCCCCAUACAGCCAUGGCUGUAGGCGUGAUCCACUGUGAGGUGGUCCCCACUCACAUGCUUUAUGCUGCCAAUGCCAGCCUGGUGGGACUGUGCUGCCUGGGAGAGAAGGUAACAAGCAGGGGCGGUCCAGUCCUGCUCUCCCAGGCUCCCAUCUGUCCAUGUGUGGGCUUUGGUGUGCUCCGAGGUAUUGACAUGACACGAGGUCUGUACUUUCUGCUGACGCCCGUCGAUCCCUCCGUCCUUCGUAAGGUCAACUGUCUCCUGCUGGGAGCCGUGACACUGCCUUCCUGCGUCCUCACAGCACAGCCUGGCUUUGAGGACGAGACGCCCUACGUCACCACCCACUACAGUUUUGAUCUCACCGGUGCAGGAAAGUUGCGAUUCUUCAAGGGACUGGUGAGAUCCAGUCAAACGGGGGUGUAAUGAGUUUUUCUACAAAGCAUCUGUGUAUUUCCCUUUACAGUUUUGACUGGUGUCUUAAGCCAAAGCUUUGGCCUUUGAAUGUACAGAACUGAGGAUGAUUGGAGGCAGCUUUUAUUUUGUGAUUCAGUCCGGCUGCCAGGAUUCCAGACUCUGCAGGAGACGAUGGCACACCUUCUGUUUUCGAGAACCUCGGGUGUUCCCACUGGCUUACAACCUGCUACUGUGCAUACAUUUGAUGGCGCAGUGGAGGAGUUUUGAGUUUCACAUGGACGUCAUGUCUCAUUUGAUGCUUCUUUGUGACAUUCGUAAACCGAAUACAUGAACCUGCCAAAUAUUACUGAGAAACAACAUAGUUUUGUGGCUGUCAGGAGUUUGUUAGACCUGUGUCACAGGUGGUUGUUACAGUUGAUUUGUUUUACUGUCAUCUAGUCUUACAUCAUGCAGAUUUGCAGGCUAUGGCCAUAAGCAGUCCGUACCGGGGUGCAGUAUAAUUCCUGAUUCAGACACUAGUUUGUUCAUUAUGACCGUUGUAUUAUGGGAUAAAAUCUCCACUGCCGUGACUGUUUAUGCUCUUAUUGCUCACAUGCAACACUCAAGUAAAGAACAGGGCCAGGCAGUGGUACGAACAUGGCGUUUUCUGUAGGCAAUGGAUUUACAAACUAAGAGCCGGUUUUGUCAGUAUGUUGUUUUUAUGCCAAAGGUUUUGCUGUUUUUGUUGCUGACUGUUGUACCUUAGUUAGUUACUUCGCUUAAAAGACAUUCAAGAGGUUUUGUAAAUGCAACAUGUUUACAGUUUCUUCCGUAGGCACAUGUGGAAUUUAAACAAUAAACAAUGGAGGAUUUUUUUCCUGAUGCUGCUGUUUUCCUGUUGAUGUUGCACUAAAUGGUCAUGAUACAGUCCAGUAAUACUGAAUAACUCUUUGCUUUUAUAUUCAUUAUGAAACAUGAAAUAAAUAAC